CAGCACCUUGGGCUCACCAGACCCUGGAGCUGCCACUGCCACAAUGAAGCUCCUCUCGCUGCUCCUCUUCUUCCUAGGACUGGCCUUUGCCAGCGGCAACCUGGCCCAGUUUGCAAGGAUGAUUAAGCUGAAGACGGGGAAAUCGGCGCUGGCUUACAACGGAUACGGCUGCUACUGCGGCUGGGGCGGCUCCAAACAGCCCCUGGAUGCCACCGACAGGUGCUGUCACGCCCACGACUGCUGCUACAAGAAGUUGGUCGCCUCCGGCUGCAGCCCCAAAACGGUCACCUACAAAUACGCGUUCCAAAGAAACCAAAUAAUCUGCGGAAACGGGAGCUCAUGCCAAAAACGAGCGUGUGCGUGUGACAAGAGGGCGGUGGAGUGCUUCCAGAGGGCAGCCAGCUCCUACCGCAAAUCCUACAGCAACUACCCCAACCACAAGUGCCGGGGCCGGACACCCUCCUGCUGAGCUCUCCUGCCGUGCUGCAGCUCCAAACCCGGCAGAAACCAUCGGAGCUGGGGGCUCUGCCUUCCCUCCGGCCAGGCAGGACACGGCACAGCCCUGUGGCACUGAAAAAGUGUCCAGCACCUUUCCCUUAGCACAGGGAAA